AGAAACUCCAAACUACCAUCAAAACUAUGUCGUAUGGCCAUUUGUCAACUCGUGAAGCGUCUUUCCCAGCCGCUGUUUCUCCAGGAACAGUGGUUUACAAGGAUGAUUGCAUGUACAACUUUGAUACCGCCGAAAACAAUUCUGUUGGACUCGAUGUGUGCUUAUCUUGCUACAAAGCGUACUCCAGGAGUCAUGUUGAUUAUACAAAACAACACACUCGUGACUCGAACCACGACUUGUUUCUCAACAUCAUCAAAAGAUUGAAGCCAUUGCAAGAACGAGAACGCUCAGUCACAGGUAAUGGUUCUGUUAACGACGAUGGCAACGAACGACAGGCUAAAAUCGCUAAACUCGAAAUCAAGGAAUUCAAAGAAGAAGAGCUCUACGACAUCUUCUAUUCCAUUUACUCCUCCACCGAGAAUCUUCUGGUGCCUCUUAAUGAAACUCCCGCCAAGUUCCAACUGUUGGCAAAUAGCAUUAUAUCAGCUAACUCAUCGAAUCGUCAGGAAGAGAUCAAGGCCUGGGAGCAAGAAAUUCUUCCUUGUGAGCAUUCAAUUGAAGUAGAGCAGUUUCCUAACGAUGCGUUGGAUAUCUCCAAGUGUCUGCAGUGUCUGUUGGUCGAAAACUUGUGGAUCUGUCUUCACUGUGGAGCUUUGGGGUGUGGAAGACAACAGUUUGGUUCGACGAUUCCCGGGAACUCUCACGCGUUGAAGCACUUUGAGGACGUCGGGCAUCCUGUGGCAGUCAAGUUGGGAUCGUUAUCGGCGACUGAAAAGGACAAUUACGAUGCUUACUGCUAUAAAUGUAAUGACGAAGUGAAAGUCCCCAAUUUAGUGCUGAAUCUCCAAAAAUACGGAAUUGACUUGGACAGUACCGUCAAAACUGAGAAGAACCUAACUGAAAUCAACUUGGAUCAAAAUAUGAACUGGGAAUUCCAACUUGAUGGUAAGAAUGGAGAAAAGUUAAAGCCGAUUUUCGGAUCCAAUUUCACAGGGUUGACGAACCUAGGAAACUCCUGCUACUUAAACUCGGUGGUGCAAGCCUUAUUCCAUUUGCAACCGUAUUUACUCUACUUCAAGAACCAAAAGUUCCCUAGCUACGAAAAGGUCCCCAAUCCUUCCAAGGACUUAUUGAGUCAGCUUCUCAAGGUCCACGAUGGUCUUGUUUCUGGAAGGUACUCAAAGCCUGGAAAUUCAAAAGGUGAAGAUUAUCAGUUGGGGAUCAAGCCCAUGGCAUUCAAGUCGUUGGUGGGUGAAGACCACGAAGAGUUUAAAACUAACAGACAACAAGAUGCUUUUGAGUUCUUGACCUACUUGCUUGACAAGAUCGAUAAGCAAUUCGGAUUCGAGGUCAAUGAGUCAUUCAAGUUCCUCAUGACUAACAAGCUCUUAUGUGGUGAAUGUUUUUCAGGCAAGGCAUCUGAUGAGCUUGUGGAUAAUUUAUCGGUGAACGUAGAAGACGAGGUUGUUAGUACUGAUGAAGAAGGUAACAAGGUUUUCAAAAAAGUCAAUAUGUUGGACUGCAUUAGGAACUACUGUGCUGAUGAAGUCAUUGAAGGAUACAGGUGUGAAGUUUGUGAUAAGCCCACGGAAGCGGUGAAGUCUUGUGGAUUCAAAUCGUUUCCCGAAGUUUUGAUCCUCAAUGCCAAACGAAUCAAGUUGGAGAACUGGGUCCCCGUCAAGAUUGAUGUGCCUAUUGAUAUUCCAUAUGAGCUCGAUCUCAAUGGUUUCAAAGUUGAACUUGAUGAUACCUUCAAAGUGGACAAAUCUGAACCGGCCAAAUUUACUGCCAACGAGGAGAUUUUGAACAAUCUUCUUCAAAUGGGAUUUCCUGAGCCCCGGUGCAUCAAGGCCCUUUACACCACCGGUAACAGUAAUCUCGAUGAUGCCAUGAACUGGAUAUUUGCCCAUAUGGAAGAUGAAGAUAUCGAUGUGCCCCUAGAGAUAGACUCGGCUCCAACCACGGCGGUGGUCGUCUCGGACGAGCUGGUGAACAACUUGACGGCCAUGGGAUUCUCGGCCAAACUCGCCAAUAAGGCCUUGGUGGUGAACAAUAAUGAUGCCAAUGCCGCAGUGGAGUGGCUUUUCAAUAACCCUGACGACGAUGGAGAAAUCGUGGAGACCACCACACCAGUCGACUUAAACCAGCAGAGGCAGCGGCUCGCGGCGAAGCUCGAGGAGGAUGCCGAGACGGGCCAGUCAGGCUCUUACAAAAUCAAAGCGGUUGUUUGUCACAAAGGAACCUCACCGCACACGGGCCAUUAUGUGGUUUACAUCCGACAAACGGUUGGAGAUGCAGAAAAAUGGGUGCUCUACAAUGACGAAAAAGUGGUGGAAUGCGAUGAUUCUAGUGUUGAAGGCAUCGAAACCAACGGGUAUAUCUAUGUGUUUGAGAGAAUUUAAAGCAUGGUAUGUUUUGUAUGUCGUCAAUACACAGAGCGGUGCUGGGGCGCGCACCCAGGCAAAGGGUCCACCGUGCCGUGCCAAUAGCCAUUAAAA